CAAAAUGAAGGUUAUUAGGUCAUGAACGCUGCUGGAGUUCUGAGAGGUACCCCUUCCUACUUGCAAUCGUCGAGAGAGGGAUUGACAUGAGAACUUCAGUUAGUGUCUUUCUGUACGCUUCUGCAAGCGUAAAGCCUUUCACUCUGAAAUAACUACGGAGUAUUUUGAUUACUAGGUCAAUGCGAUGUCAAUAAUCACUACUCAUAUUUACAAACUAUUUAUAAAUACCCCAAUCACUGACAGCCAAUCACUACACACCGUAUUAAUUCACUAUAAUUAUAAAAAAUAUCUCAGUGAUUGGUCGAGAUUGAAAACUCGCAGUGAAGAAAAUUAUGCACGAAAAAUACAGCUUCAUACUGAUAUGGAAUCCGUAUACCGCCCUGUCACAGUGUACGAGUCGGCAGAGAAACACGUACGUUUAUAACAACAACCAGUUUUAAUUGACUAUCGGGUAGCUAACUUAUCUCAUCUAACAAUAAAAUCCAAGGUCAUCUGGACUAACUUCAAAACACAAUCGAAAUACCUAUAAAAAUAAUCUCGGACCUCGUCAUAAUUCAGGUAAAUAUUUUAAAAAGCACGUUAAUUACUAUGUGUUUAUAUGUGUAGCUAGUGAGCUUUAUAUUUGUAACGCGAGCGUAUCUGUAUUGUUUGUUAGCAGGCACGAGCAGCGCGCAGCGGGUGGAGUAAUCAUGAUCUAGGCUACCUCUUAAAACUUCGACUUGUGAACUAAGUUUACCUUGUUACGCGGCUAUAUCAUGACCUAGUCCGGUGUUAUUAUUUACGGGACUCUAUGUGAUGUAAGACUGUAUUAGUGUGUGCUGUGAAGUUUCAAAACAUUUCAAAAUGUGGUCGCUCGCAAUCCCAGACGGUUUGGUGAUGGACCCGCUGGCGCCCACCGCGCUUGCCGUCUCUUCGGAGUUCAUGGACCGCAUUGGCAGUGGGCUGACCAUACUCAGAGACCAUGGGAAAAAAGUGCAGAAGUAUGUUUGGAAAAACAGGAAAUUCGACAUUCUGAAGAAGUCUUGGAAGUCUAUAGUUAACGUCGUUUUGAUCGAUGCCAAAGAUACGCCGAGCGGUAGCGCCAAUGGGCUCUAUUGUAAAUUUAAACUGGGCAACGAAAAUCACAAGUCGAAGCAGCUGUCAAAAUCAAAACAAUCAUGGUGUGAGAGAUUUAAUCUGUACUUGUACGAUGACAACAAUUUGGAAGUCACCGUGUGGCACAAGGGGAAGCAGAAGAGCUUUAUGGGCAGGUGUGUCAUUGACCUCUCGCAACUGGAAAAGGAGAAGACCCAUGAACUCUGGCAGGAUUUGGAGUGCGGUCAGGGCUCGAUACACCUGCUCAUCACGAUGAGUGGUUCAGCGAGGACCAUUCCCUUAGACAAUGUACCCACAACUAAUGGAGUACACCAUAUGUCACCUGAAGAGGAAAAGUUCCAAUGGUACCGCCUGGACAACAGCUGGGGUGAGGUCGGCGAGCUGUCGGUCACAGUGUACGGGGCCGAAGGGCUCAAUGCCUUGGGGAUUAGCGGGAAAGCUGACUCGUAUUGUGUCCUAGAGCUGGACAACUCCAGAAUCCGGACACACACCGUCCCCGGAUCCUCAGACCCUACGUGGAAUAAGAGUUAUACCUUCCCUGUCAACGAUGUGACGUCAAUGCUUACAAUAACGGUUAAGGACGAAUCCAUAAUAAACACGUUGAAGGACGGGACUCUCGGCAAGAUAUCGAUACCCUUGUUGACGAUCGUUAACGAUGAGAAAGCGUGGUUCGACCUCAACAACAAAGCGAAGAAAUCCGUUAUGAAGGGAAAUUCCGCGAAAAUACAAUUACAGAUGUCCAUUGCCUGGAAUCCGAUAAAAGCUUCUUUCCGAUUGUUAAGUCCGAAAACGAACAAAUACACAGAAACGACGCCGAAAACGUUUAACAUCCCAAUGAUUUACAAUAACUUGAAGUUUAUUAAGGACAUAUUCUAUGCAGUACACUACGGAAACGAGCAUUUAAAGUAUUUAUUCGAGUGGGACAACCGCGAGAAGUCUGCGCUGGCGCUGACCGCCUGGCUCCUAUUCUGGUUUUUCUUCAGAAUGUGGAUGACGCCACUCUUAGCCGUGAUACCUUUCGUCUUCUUUUGGGCCACACGCAACACUGCGAACCUGGUUCCACUCACUCAAUUCGACGAAGAAUCUUCGGAGGAGGACUUGGAAUCAGCAAAGGAUGACAAGACUAUAAAAACACGGUUAUACGAGCUGCAGGAUCUCACGUUCACCAUCAAGGAUGGAAUAGAUUUCAUCGUGUCUCUACUACAGAGGGUUAAAAACUUGUUCAAGUUUGCUGUGCCAUAUUUAAGUUACUUGGUGAUGACGGCUCUGAUAGCCGCCACAGUCGCCAUCUACAUCAUACCUAUUAAUUACAUAUUUAUGGCUUUAGGUAUUUAUAAAUUCAUGCGCAAAGUAUUGUAUCCGGACAGAAUACCCAACAACGAUAUCUUGGACUUCAUAUCACGGAUCCCGGAUGACAAGAUGCUGAAACAAUGGCGUGAACUCAGAGUGCCGGAGACCAACUUCAACAGAACGUAUUCAGCGAAGAGGCGGUAAAUUUGUGGCUAAAUGGAAGAAAUCUGACAGUGCGCGCCAUUGCCACCGCGAACCGUGGAAUUUGGACGCGGACGGUGUGGGAUCGUGGCCUAUAAAUGCUCGGCAGAUCCUCAUAUUCGACUGCCUCAUGCGUUUGUCGCAGCUUGUAAAUUAUAUGACCUCGUAUCCUUAUCUCGAACACAACGGAUAAAGGUCGGGUCCAAGGUUGCUAUUGGUUGUAAGCGCAAUGUAAAAUUACGCAAAUAGAAAUAUAUAUAAUUAUAUAAUGUAGGAACUGAUAUCUACGCUUUUAAGGAGUACAAGUGAAUAAAAAUUCGUGAUCGGUAUUUGCUCAAACUGUAUUUAUAAUUAGGUUUAAUUAAUUAAUGAUAUACGUUUCGGAAGUGCCUAUAAUAAAUAAGCAUUUAGACCCGCAGUAUGUUUAAAAGUAUUUCAUUUUAGAAAUAUUGAUUUGUAAAUGUACUACGGUUGCCAUUUUUCAUUUCAUGUUUAUCAUCUAUCAAAUCAUUGACAGACAAGACUAAAACAUGAGUGUAGCUAUACAUUCAUCAUAUUAUAUUACACAAUGUACAAAUAAGUUAUAAUAUACGAUAGGAUAUUACGAUACCUAUCAUUAGGUAAAAUAGGCGAUAUAUUAAAAAAAAUGUGAUGUUUAGAUAUAAGAUCGAAAAUAUAUAUUUAACCUUUUUA